AUGGCGAUUUCAAGCUUAAGCUUCGCUUGCCGACCCAGUUUCAGCCUCCGCACUCCCACGUUUCAAUGCGUUGGCAAGGUAAAUUCUGUACAAUUGAAUUUGGUUUCGGCGAUGGAGGCGAUUGAUGAGCAAGAGGGUUGUUCUAAGGACAACAAUUCAAGAGAUGGCAAGGCACUGCAGUGGAAGAAGCUGAAUUCGAAAGAGCUUGGGAUUAGUAGUUCUAUGAUUGACAAGCCUAUCCGAAAGGUUUUAAAUGGGCUGAAGCGAAAGGGGUAUGAGGUGUACCUUGUAGGAGGUUGCGUAAGGGAUCUUAUCUUGAAGCGCACGCCGAAGGACUUUGAUAUUUUGACUUCAGCUGAAUUGAGAGAGGUGACAAGAACGUUUUCUUGGUGUGAAGUAGUUGGAAGGCGGUUUCCUAUAUGUCAUGUGCAUGUUGGCGAUACGGUAGUGGAGGUGUCCAGUUUUAGCAUCAGCGCACGAAGUCAUGGUAGGAACUCAAGUAGUGAUAUUAAAAAGCCCGUACACUGUGAUGACAAGGAUUUUAUGCGUUGGAGCAAUUGUUUGAAGCGUGACUUUACAAUUAACGGAUUGAUGUUUGAUCCUUAUGAAAGGAUAGUGUAUGACUACUUGGGAGGAAUAGAAGAUCUUAAAAAUGCUAAGGUCCAAACUGUUAUACCAGCAAAUACUUCAUUUCGAGAGGAUUGUGCUCGCAUUCUUCGUGCCAUAAGAAUUGCUGCUCGUUUGGGGUUCCGUAUUUCGAAGGAAACAGCUGAUUCAAUUAAAAAUUUAUCCUACUCAAUUGUUAGGCUUGAUAAGGGAAGGAUCCUCAUGGAAAUGAAUUACAUGAUGGCAUAUGGUUCUGCUGAGGCUUCUCUCCGAUUAUUAUGGAAAUUUGGACUUCUGGAACUACUUCUACCCAUCCAGGCAGCAUAUUUUGUUCGCCAUGGUUUUCGAAGACGUGACAAAAGGUCUAAUAUGCUUUUGUCCCUUUUUUCUAACUUAGAUAAACUUCUUGCACCUGACAAGCCGUGCCACAGUAGCUUAUGGAUUGCAAUCUUAGCAUUCCACACAGCACUCUCUGAACAACCUCGAGAUGCGUUGGUGGUUGCUGCAUUUACCCUUGCUGUUCACAAUGGUGGAGAUAUGUUGGAAGCAGUGGAGAUAGCCAGGACUAUCACUAAACCCCAUGAAGUUAGCUUUCAUGAACUAUUAGAACCUCAGAGAUUGGACUCUGGAGCAUAUACUAAAGAGAUUAGGGAUCUUGAGGCAUCUUUUAGGCGGGCAAUCGAUCACAUGACUGAUGCGCAAAUUGUCUCAGAGGCCAUGGCAGCGUACCCACAAGCACCGUUUUCUGAUCUGGUAUUUAUACCAUGGGGAUUAUCUUUGAGGGUCUCUCGGAUUUUCAACUGUGUAAAGGUGGGUGGGGAGUUGGGGUCUGUGGCAAAGCAAAGCAGCAAGAUUGACUACGAGUCAUUAGCUCAGGGGAGCCUGCCAGAGAUUCGGCAUAUGUUUGCAAGGGUCGUGUUUGAUACCAUAUAUCCUCUUUAGCCUAGACCCUGAUCAUUCUCAUAGCUUGAUUGUGACAAAAUUUUGUAACAUGUUAUCAUAAUGAAAGUAAUGGAAAUCAUUUUUUUGCAUAGUUAUUAAAG